AUGGCUGAAAGUUUGACAUCUGGCACUUUUGCUGAUACUCAGCUUGGUUUUGUGGCACGUGGCUUGCUGUUUUUUGUUGCCUUGGUUGGUGAUUCCCGGUUUUAUUCCCUUGCCUAUUUUCUUCCUCUUUGGUUGCUUCUGCAAUUCAAGUUUUCCUUUGGUGCAUUGUUCGCUUUGGUUGCGAGGAGUGAAGUGGCAGUUCUAUGCAGAAUUAUGGCACGUACUCCUGACAAGAUUAAGUCUAUUGAUGGAUCAAGAGAAACCCUUAAACUUGCUGUAAGGAUCACGGAUCUUUGGUUUGUUGGGACUCCUAACAAGUCUGAGCAAGCUGAAAUGGGAGAUGAAAUCCAUGCUCUUUGUAAGGCAGACCAGCUAAAUUCUUGGAAAGAUUAUUUGAAGGAAAAUUCCACUUAUGUCAUGCAUAAUUUUAAAGUGAUGAAGAAUGAUGGUCAAUUCAGAGUUUGUGAGCAUCAAUAUAAAUUAGUUUUUACUGGAGUUACUGUUGUUAGGAAAUCCAAUUUAGAUGACCUUCCUUUUAAGGAAUUUAGAUUUGUUGAAUUUUCCAAUGUCAUUGCUGGCGAUUUCCAAGCUGGCCUGUUGUUCUUAGCCUACUUGAAUGAGACUGAAAAUGAUGGUCCGAUGGUUAUCAUUUUGACACAUGCUAGAAUCAAAGAAGGGCAGGGAUCUUAUCCAUCUUCAGUGAGUAAAUCGUUGAAGGCCUCAAAAUUAUUGAUUAAUGAACCUGUAUUGGAAAUCCAAGAAUUCAGGGAGAGGCUUUCAGAUUUAGGUAUUGAGGUCAGGCCAGUUUUGACACCUCACGGUCACGGAAGUUCGCAACUUUCAGGGUCAAGCCAGCUAUCAUCAAAGGAUGCAUUUCUUUCAAAAGUUGAGGCAAAAACGAUUUCUGAGAUCAACGCCAUUUCGGAGGAUAUUGUUUGUGUUACUGUUGGCACAAUUAGCAUAAUAGUAAUGGAUAAUCAUUCAUGUUGCUAUCCAGCUUGCAUUCAAUGCCACAGGAAAACUGACAUAGAGGCAGCAUCAUUCACAUGCGGAUGUGGAAAAGAGAAUGAUCAACUUGUCCUGAGGUAUAGACUUGAAGUGAUGGUUAAGCACAACGAUGAUAGCACAAAAUUCUUGCUCUAG